AUGGGCUACCUGGACUGGGACGAUCUGUACUUUCUGCGUCACACGAGCCGCGUGUUCAUGCGCCUUUUCAGCUGUCGAGAUGAGUUUGCCUCGCUGCGCGACGUCAACGCCAUCAGCAACAAUACCAGUCUCUAUGUUUUGCCUACGCCUUGGACCCCGCCGGCCUUUCCUACUGACAACUUCGGCGCAUGGUCAACGUUGCGCCAACGCUGCCACCUCGCCGAAGACAUGUGUGGAGGCUGCAAGGCCUACGGGAAGUUUCGGUACUACGACAUGUUCAUGCACUGCACAGCGUGCGAAGCCGACCACCCGAUGAGCCUCUUUUCGGGAAAGAUGAUCCGACGUGAUGACAAGGAGAUUAUGGAGAACCGAGUGUGCCAAGCACACGAGGGACACGUACGCCUGUGUCAGCACAAGACAGUCGACUGGGACACGGUCAUCAAGAGUUUACCGAAUGGCCGCCUCAACAACAAUUUCCGGGAUGAUUGCUGGGCCAACCAGCUGUCGAGUGCAGAGGGUGACAACACCGCCUUCUCAGUCGACGCUCAUCUUCGAAUUGUGUGCGACCAUCCAAGCCACGCAAAGCAUCCCCACCAUACGGGCAAGGCCGACGACCGUGUCCAGGGUCAGGGCGAGGCGGACCAUACACAGCUUCCUUCAUACGAACGCUUCACGACCAAGGACCACGGCGAAAGCCCGUCGUUUGUAGUGCACGACAUGAUGGUGGACGGUGUACGACACAAAGUGAUUACAUGGUCAUAUACUGCCCACCUAAAUCUCGCCGACGCCGACGACAGUAGGCAUAACGGAGCUAUUACGGCACAGGCCUUCCGGGAUCGUGUUCACGAGCUGCGCAAGGGACAGAGCCCCGCCCGGUACAUUGCACCUCCGGACUACCCGGGCAUUCUGCCCGAGCUACGCUGCGUGGACCCAGAGCGCUGUGGCUGUCUUGUGUACCUGGGAUUCCAGCGACGGGGGGGAGAUGCCCCAAUCGCUUGUCGGAAACACGAAGUUGUACGGGCGCUUCCAGUCCGCAUUUCGGACAUUGACCACCUCCGCGUUCGCCUGGCCACCUGCGACCAAGGGCCACGCUGUCUCAAGCUGAUUUAUACGCGGAUCAUACGACUCGAGGGUUUCUACGUGCACCCUUCUCCGUCAUGGCCACCGGCUAUGAUACAUGGACCACGUCAGCACAACCAUCACUUUUUCUCCGUUUACGCGAUGCGUUUAGGAAUGCCUCUGUGCCUCUCGGAUGGUACCAGGCCUUGGAUCCCCAGUCCUACCGCAUGA